GACAACUGACAUGGCGCUGAAAAUAAUAAGGAAAAAAAUAAAUAGCGCGGCAGACGGCAGCACAACCCUACGGGAAUCCGUUCAUCUGAGAGCUACGGCCACUGCCAUCGCUUGGCGGAAGAGGUGAAAUCUGCGGAAGCAGCACCACAGUCCACAGACAUGGCGGUUCACCGUGACGACUUAAUCGACGAGGAAGAGAACGAAGAGGACAACGCCCUGUUUCAGGAAGAGAACACGAUCGACUUAGACCUCGACGUGUCCGAGCCUCUUCGGCCAAUCCUCUCGGCGGCUCGCUCCGGCAAUGCCGAAGCUCUCACGCAGGCCUUAGAGAAUUUUGAUGGUAACAUUGACGAACCAUUGGAAGAUGGUGACACAGCUCUCCAUCUUGUUUGUCUGUAUGGCCAUUUGAGCUGCGUCAGGGUACUUUUGGAGAAGGGAGCCAAUGUAGAGGCUAAGGAUGAAGACGGUGCGAUUCCUCUGCAUGAUGCUUGUGCUGGAGGGUAUACUGAGAUAGUGCGGCUUUUGCUAAACCAUGCAAGUGGCGCCGAGACUGUGAAGAGGAUGCUAGUCACAGUUGAUGAUGAGGGUGAUACUCCACUCCAUCAUGCUGCAAGAGGUGAACACACGGAGAUUGUCAACCUGUUGCUGGCUGCCGGCGCUUCAGUCACUCGGACAAACUCAUAUGGAAAGAUUCCGAGUGGUUGAUCGAUACUGGCAGACUCCGGGCGAGCUGGCUGAGCCACAGACAGAAGCUAGGAGAAUCUUGGAAGCUGCUGAGUUGGCAUUGUGAAUUUUUUUUUGGGGGUGCCCUAAGGAGAGUGGACUGCAGUUUAAGCAUUGUCUAAGGGGAUGAUCAUCGGCGAGCUGGAGUUAAGCCUGGAAUCACAUUUGCUGCUACCUGUACUCAGUUGUGUUUAUUAAGUUCUUUUCUUUUUUUGUUUAUAUGCUCAAGAAUCUUGAAUUCAGGAUUAGCUUUCGAAAUUAGAUUGACGAUGAAGAGAAAUUUCUCUAUUGAUUGUUUGUUAGGGGUUUAUAGGCAAAAGGAUUAAUGUGAAUGUCAAGUUGUCAACUAGGUAUUUGAAGUCCAACCCAUGAGUGAGAGUUUCUGAUAGCUCACAACUAUCGUUUUCUUGGUCAUACGAAAUGGUAAAUGAUUAGAUACAAACCACAAUGAUGGAAUGAGCUUCAUUAGAGUCCCAUUCAUCCAU